AUGUUAUGCUUGUCUCUGUUUGUCUUCCAGUUGAAAACCUACGAAGAAACAAUGAGCUUGAAUCGAACAGUGGUGACUGAGUUCCUUCUCUUAGGAUUUUCUACAUCUCCAGAGAGGCAGAUUUUACUCUUUGUUGCAGUGUUAGCCGUUUAUAUGGUUACUGUGAUGGGAAACCUCUUCAUUAUCCUUGUAACACUGCUGGAUUCCACCCUUCAUACCUCCAUGUACUUUUUCCUUUCUAAUUUAUCUGCCUUAGAGGUUGGUUACACCUCAGUCACAGUCCCAAAAAUGCUGCUGAGCCUCAUCUCAGGGGACAAACGCAUUUCCUUCACUAGCUGUGCUGUGCAAAUGUUCUUCUUCCUUUGCUUUGGGAUCACAGAAUCUUCUUUUCUGGCCACCAUGGCAUAUGACCGCUACGUGGCAAUAUGCAACCCCCUGUGUUAUCCUAUGAUUAUGAACAAGAAGGUGUGUGUCCUGCUGGCAGCCACUUCCUGGACUAUUGGCAUCCCGGCCCAGGCAGUCCAGACCAGUUUGGUGUUCACCUUACCCUUCUGUAGCUCCAAAAAGAUAAACCAUUUCUUCUGUGACUCAGCCCCUCUGCUAUUGCUGGCCUGUGCUGACACCUCCAUGAAUGAAACCUUGACUUACAUGGUGGUCGCUUUCUUUGGAAUGGUGCCCUUUGCCCUGAUCCUGUUGUCCUACAUCCGAAUCAUCGCCACCAUCAUUAAGAUGACAUCAGUUGAGGGCAAGAGGAAAAUCUUCUCCACCUGCUCCUCCCACCUCAUUGUUGUGGCUUUAUUCUAUGGUUCUGGCAUUAUCCUUUAUUUACAACCCAGGUCCAGUGAGUUUCCAGACAGUGGUAAACUUCUCUCCCUGUUUUACACUGUUUUGCCUGCCAUGUUGAAUCCUUUUAUCUACAGCCUAAGGAACAGGGAAAUCCAAACAGCCUUGAGGAGACGUAUGUGGAACAAAUUGUUUCCUUGCUAUCGCUGA